CUUGUCAGUCUAAACCUCUCUCUAUCUACCUGCAACCGAUGCGCAAUAUGCGACGUAGGAAGCAAUACUAGUAGUGUGGGAUCUUUGGGUGAGGUUGACCGUCUGCCCCAUUUUCGGUUCCUCCUCUCUGUUGCCUAACUAAGUCGUUGGUCUUGCUGUUGUAACCAUUUCCUGACAGACCAUCCAAUUUUUUUUUGCUCCCAUGCUCCCAUGAACCAACCUCCAGAAAGGACACCACAUCAGAUUCUCUUCUCAUAGUUGGGGACAGCAAUAGACUCCACUCUAAGCCAUUGUUUUGACCACUGGAGCUGCUUUGGUUUCACAAUUUGCCAAAACUAGCCAGCGCGGUACCAAGUCCAAGCUCCCGCCAAGGUACUAGUAUCGGUAUAUCCGUGGUCCGCGCAAUCAUCCCUCCGGUUCCAAGGCUAGCUAGCUAGAGAUGCAGAGGACAAACAGGAAAACGGGUGAAAGCCAGUCCCAAGGAGAACAAGCAUCACGGUCUGAGGGUGCAGCUAGCCCCGGCCAACAUGCUGCUGCUGCUGCCUUUGCUGCCACUGCUACCCGCGGAGAGGAGGAGCUGAUGAAUGAGUCGACCAAGAAAGCCUGGGAUACACCUCCUCUCAACUUUCCAGCACGCCUCAUGCAAGUGCUUCAGCUGGACGAACCACCCGAAGGGAUCUAUUGGCUGCCCGAUGGAAAACGGUUUGCUGUCAACACUGAAAAGAUCGAAGGGGUACUGGUUGCCUAUUUCCAGGGUGCGAAGUGGCUAUCCUUUACCCGCACAUUGAACAAAUGGGGAUUUCGUAAGGCAUUAGGAGUGGAUCUGCCUGCCAAGGUUGUAGCCUACUACAACCCGCACUUCCAAAAGAGCUCGCCCGAGUUGGUCACACAGAUUAUCAAUCAUAGCCGACCUUCGAACCGAAAACGAAAGGCAAACAGAGAAGAAGAGCAAGCAAAGAACAUCAUACCCCUUAUCAGCGGGGCAAGCAAAGAACGUGGCACUCCAAGAACCCGCACAGAACCUCCCGUGGAUGCUGCAGUUAGCCUGACGGCACAAGGCCCGACCGCCACCGCUAUUGCGUCAUUGGCAGCAGCUGAUACCACUGGUGCAGCACCCGCGGCGGCUCUGGGGCUCGGUGCCAAUGCCAGGGCAAACUUGCUGUCUUCGGUGCCUCCCUUUGCUGCGGCGCGAACUGACGAAGCGCUCCUAGUAUCGCGUCGUAGCUUGCUGGAGCAGAUGAUGAAUCCAACAAUGGGCAGCAGCUCUGGACUACAAGGGCAGUUUGGAGAUCUUUCGCUUCCUCUGCGACUUGCUCAGCGCCAGCAACAGCAAACCCAGGCAAACCUUCGGUCCGAGUUCUUGGCUCAGCAGCAACUCGCAGCCACCGCAGAUCUGGGUAAUCGAAGCACUCCAACAGUCGUGGAACAAAGGCUAAGGUUGCUUCAAUCCCAGCUGUCAUCUCAACAACAGCUACAGCAUCAACAGCUACAGCAGCGCGUGCAUCGACCUCAGAUGCUGGGACAGCUACAUCAUCAGCAACAGCGGCAGUUGCAACAUCAGGGAGCACCCAUGCACGUUGACGCCCUCACAAUAUCUAGACUGGAACAACUCCGACAGCAACAUCGCCUUGCGAGAUCCUAUGAAGAUCUUUUACGGGCACGUGGAUCACAUGAGGGCCCUCCUCCAGGACGUGGAGAGGGGAAACAUGAUGACAGUCAAAGCAAAAGCAACGACUGAACCAGCCAAGUAGGACUGUAGCUAGCUAACCAGUACCGGUAUAAGUCCAAUGGGGUCCUCUCUCGACUGAGUCAGUCAAUCCAAGUACAGUACGUAGACAGCAUUGAUUGGAGCUAUAUAGCUUCCAUCUUUAUUGAUUGCCCACUUGCUGGCUGGACCGUCCGACGGUUUUCACUCAGGAUUUAAAAAACUUGAAAUUGCCUCCACUGAUAACCGUUUUUAAACAAUCCCUUAAACAAUCCCUUAACUCAUCAACUAUCCCUUAAACAAUACCUUAAAUAAACAAUCCAUUAACAUC